AUGGCAGCACGUUGGUCAGCCUUCCACUUGAGCAGAAUCAACAAGGCUCCGUGGCUUCGUGACCGGCCGCAGAUCAUCCGAUCCUCCCGUCGUCUGAGGAGUCAGCGGGGUGUCUUCAUGGGCAGGUCAUCCAACAUCCACAUGGGACUCGGCGUUGGAUUGGGCACCGGCGCAACCACAACGGACCGGGGUGUGCAGUGA